CUAUCCUCUGUAGUACAUGGACAAGCAACGCACGUAUCAGAGUAAUUGUAAGAAAAAACAAAAUUGUAAAAAAAAAACAAUUUUAUUGAUAACAUUAAAGUAUUUGAAAAUAAAAAUGUGGCAUCAUUUUGCAUCAACAGAACGACUGUCCACAAACCGAUCGGAUACACAAUCUCCGUAUGCAAAAAAUUAUCGUACAAAUUUGACACACGAUCAACGUGAACAGCUGUCCCAUCGGCAAAAUAUUUCAAGAAUUCCACGUCGUGAGUUCGAAGAUCGUUAUAUCGCAUUAUUAGAUGAAUACUAUGCGCUAAAAAAGGAAAAUGCUGCGAACAAUCAAAAAAUUAAAAGAAUGGCCACGAAACUGUUACGACUAUCGGCUGAAAGUAAAAGUAGAGGUGCGACAUUUCCACAACAACUUGCACCAAAUGAAAAUCUGGAAAUACAAAUUUAUAGACUAGAAGCAUACAAUUCGCUUUUGAAGGAUCGACUAAAUUCCAUAAUAAAAAAAUAUGCCAAUUGUGCUACAGCGAGUAUAAGUACAAUAAGACGACCAGCUUCGUGUUCAAACUUUUCUAUGAAACGAAAAAUUAUUUUAAGUGAAGACGAUUUACAUUUGCUAGAGAUACCGGAAUUGCCAACACUUAUCACGAGCGAUGUGAAAUUGUCCACGAUCAAAACGGCUUCGAAUAAGUCGCAAGACCAUUAUAACAACAGCCAAUCAUCGAUUAUUUUUGAGAAUGACAUUGCAUCAAUUCAUCAAGAAUCAGGUCCAAGUGAACUAAUCGAAGAAGAAAGAGGUUCAAAUAAUAACCUAAAGAACACCAUACAUAAACUGGAAAUGGAACUGAACGAAGCAAAAACCAUCAAUGACUCGCUACAACAGUUGAAUACUUCACUUGAAGAAAAGCUGACACAUCAAUUGAUGGAGAAGUGCACUGAAUUGGUUGAAUUACGUCGAACAAUGAUAGAAUGUGAAAUGGAACUUCAUGAGCUUCGAGAUCAAUACAUAAAUUUAAAGACUAAAGCAGAAUACGAUUUAGAUGAAGAACACAGAAAAAUAGACGAAUUAACACAAAUUGUUCAAAAUGAAAUGGAUCGAAACACAACCUUGUCAAAAGACUUGCAAUCACUACGAAAUGGUACGGGAUGCAUGGAGAAUAUCAAUAUCAUCAAAAAUGAUGACAAGGGAGAAGUACAACGAUUGAAUGAAAGUAUAAACAAAAAUGGUGUAGAAGACAUCAAUAUUGUGGACGUAUCAAAUAAAAAAGAAGAACUAGAAGACCUGUUAAAUGAGGCAAAAUCCUCUAUAAUUCAGUUACAAGAGGAAAUACGGUUGCAUAAAUUUGAAAUUGACAAACUACGUCAAAUAAAUUUUGAGCAAGAAAAACAAAUAGAUUCGUUACAAAGUAAUAACAAAUCCAAAUCAAACCUGUUGAACAACGAAUUACAUCCACCGUCUUUACCACUUGAGCCGAUCAUUAUAAUUCAACAACAUAAAAAUCAAUCAAAUUCUGAGGUUGAUGCCAAUGACAAAAAAGAAAGUUGUGCGAAAGAAGAGACAAAUUCAAUCGUGACUCCAUCAAUAAAUAAUCAAACAUCACAAUCGGACAACACUUUUAUUAUCACAAAAGAUAAGUCGCAGAAACAGGUGAAAAAGAAGCCAAAACAAUUGAAUAUGAGACAUAAUGUUCCAAAUCCACAAUAUUCAACAACUGAUUCAGAAAUGAGUUCUUUGGAUUCGGAACAGCAUUAUCGUUUAUUCCAGAACAAAAAUCAGAUUAUUCAAAAUUCUAUGAUGUUUAUGGAUUUAUAUCGGUCACAUUCAAUUUCUUUUUCUCAGCGUAUGAGUUUUUUGGAAAAAAUUGCAUAUUAUAGACCAUUGGCGUAUAUUUUACCAAGAUCAAAUGACAUAGAUAGCCAAAGUCAUUUUCUAGCAUGUGAUUGCAAUGGAUUUGAAUGCGAUCAUCAAAAUGAAAUGUUUUAUGAAGAAAUUCGCAGAGCUGUGGAAAAUGCCAGAUCGAUUAUUUUACAAGAGAUUCAAAAUAAUCCAUACGCUGAAAAUGGCUGUGAUAAUUAUUCUGAAGCCAACAAGUGUUUUAAUGAUUCAAGUGAAUGUCGUGAAUUUUUACGGGUUCAAUAUAAUUUAAACAUGUGUUUAAGACAAGAACUAGAACGAAUAUGUAAGAUAUGUAAAAAAGAGAGACAGGAGUUUAUGAAACAGAUUGACAGUUUGAAAUCAAAGUUGCAAAACUAUGAAGAUGAGCAUAGGCUUGAAUUGGAAAAAUCGGCUAGAAUGCUUUUUAUAGAUCAUGAUGAAGGUUCAUUUGAACUUCAUGUAAAUGCAUUUCGUCCAACGAAAGAGGGUCGCCUGCUUCUUUCUUGCAGACAUGGCGAAUUGGGUUCGCUCUACGUUUCGUGGAACUUUUAUGAAUGCAAAAUUGAGUCAAGGACCAGCAUACGACCGCCACCUUAUUACUCUUAUGAGUCUAGUCAUAUAUAUGUCGUAUCAAUUAAUAAGCAAUUUUUAACACGCUUGCAUAACGAAAAGUUGGUGGUAAAUUUAAUUGCAUCAUCAUCAACUGGGUCGACGACCACAACAAUUGGAUCUGUAAAUAUUAACUUGGCUGAGGUUCUAAUAUUUCCGCAUAACAAAAUUCAAUUGACCACAAAGGUCAUAUCAAUCUCAAAUGAUUGCAAUCAUACAGACACAUUUUGUGAAUGUGAUGUAAUGAAUGCAACCAAAGCGAGGCAUGUGGGAAAUUUAACGCUGUGGUUUCGUUUGACCUGCGAGUUAGACGUGCUCAAAUCGCUGUAUAAUAGAAAUGAAUAUUGGGCUAGUGAACAAAAUUCAAUGAUGCAAGAAGAACAAAACACCUCUAUCACACAACCUAAAUUCAAAUUGAAAAAAUCGUCCAGUAAGUUAGAUGUAACAAAUAUAAAUACUGAAAACCAGCCAAAGGAUGAACAAAUAUUGAUUAUUAUAACAAUUGUGUGUCUAAGAUUCAACACAAACUAUGUUAUACCCAACGAAACAAAAGAACAAAUUCACAUCGAGUAUAGCUUUCUAAAUUCACGUCGACUUAAAACAGAUCGAAAACCACUCUCUUCGAAUCAGUUAAAUUUCAAUUUUACACAGAAAUUUAUGCACAGCGAUCGCAAUCAACAACGCCUAGCGAAUAUUUUGAUAGACGCCGAACAAAGUAUCAAGUUGACAGUUUUCAAAACAAAACAAUUGUCCGAAACAUGUUUUGAAGAUGAAUCUGAAAAUGUCGACGUUGAAAUUGGUUUUGGAUUAUUACAUUUGGGAAAAUUUAUAAGCGAAUGGAACGGCCCCGAUGAAAAUACUCCUGAUAUUCAUAUAUUUGAAAUACCGAUUUUAUCGAAGCAACCUCCCUAUCAUAACAUCGCUUACCUGGAUAUUUCUAUAGAGGAUAUAGCAACAUUAAAGCAUAUGCAGAAAAUAUUAUAAAUGAAUGAAAAAAAAAUUGAUUAUAAAUUAUAAUAAGUUCAAAUGAGUUUGUCUAAGAAUUUGUACAAUUAGUUGCAACCGAUUUUACUCUUAUUUUAGUGUUGUUGUUUUUUUUAGAAAAAAAUGUGUCCAUUUGAAUUUAACGGACAUCGAAGGUCAUUGAAUGCAU